CACUUAUUUAGCAGGUUUGGUUUCUAAAAUGCUCCGUUGAAAUGUCUACAGACAGCGAAUUCGCGUCGGAAAAAUUCCUUUGCAGUAAAUUGAAUGUAAAUUGUGAAAAGUGUCUAAAAUCAUUGCGAUAGAUAAAAUUAAUUGCUAAACGCAGCCUUGGAUGGUGUAUGGUGUGUUGUGUGUGUGACCCAGCGAGCUUUGCUUGACUUUUGGGAACUGGUCGCUUGGACUUGGAUUUGAACUGGGAUUUGGACUUCUACUCCGACUUGAAUGUGGGGAUGGCUAUGAUGUUGCAGCCGCUUCUACUGUGCUCAGUUUCUGCUGUGAUUUGAUUUGUUGUUGCUGUGUUGCUUGUUGCACUGUUACUCUUAACCAGAAGUGGCUGCAGUUGGAGUUGGAGGAGCAGCAGCGUUACAGUUCGUAAAAAUCGGUCAAUGGAAACGGGCUUGUAAGCAGGUGCAAUUGCCAGAGAAAAGAGACGACAGAGGAGAGAGGAACUAAACAUGUCGCUAAAGAAAGAGACGCCCUCGGAUGUGCAGCUGCAUAUGGCAGCCAUGAGGGGUGAUGCGGUGGCCCUGCUCCGGCUGCUGGACAGUGGAAAGGUACAUGUGGACUGCAAGGAUGAGGAUGGGACCACACCACUUAUCUUAGCUGCCGCUGGAGGACACACAUAUUGCGUGAUGGAGCUGCUCGAUCAGGGGGCAGAUCCGAACACACGCCGCUUAACGGGCACAACGCCCCUCUUCUUUGCCGCCCAGGGAGGGCACUUGGACGUGGUGAAGAUUCUGAUGAAGGCGGGAGCGAAUGUGGACACGGCUUCCGCGGACGGGGGAACGCCCCUGUUUGUGGCCGCCCAGGGUGGCCAUGUGAAGAUCGUGCGCGAGCUGAUCGACUGUGGAGCAAAUGUGAAUGCUCACAUGAAGGACCGUGCCACGCCUGUUUUCAUAGCGUCCCAGAACGGACAUCGGACAGUUCUGUCGCUGUUGAUCCAGGCUCAUGCGGAAAUCGAUAUCAAGCGCAUAGACGGUGCCACACCGCUCUGGAUAGCCGCCCAAAUGGGUCAGGAUCACAUCUGCAAGGUGCUCCUCCAGAACGGGGCCAAUGUGGAUACAGUGCGCUGCGACGGCGCCACCCCGCUCUUUAAGGCCGCCCACAAGGGGCAUGCGGCGGUCACCACAGUGCUGCUCAAGUACCGCCCCAAUCUGGGCCUGCUGCCAAAUGGGGAGACGGCUCUGCAUGCAGCCGCUAUGUUCGGCCAUAUGACCGUCUGCAAGCAGCUGGUCGCUGCCGGCAGCGAUGUCCUGGUGAAAAACCAGGAGGAUCUGACGGCCCUCGAACUGGCGCACCAGCAGAAGUACAGCUCCAUUUGUGAUUAUCUCCAGGAGCGGGUCCGAGCGAUUGUAGCGCGCAAUUCAAAAACGAUGAUCACCCCGGCAACAUCUACGGUUACAUCUACGGUCACGUCCAUGCCGGCGUAAAAACAUAUACAAAGAUGACAAACAGAUGAUACCAUGCCUCCAAAGUACCUUUAUGCACAAUACGUUGGCCUUUAUCUUUAUGUUUAAUCGAAAGAUCAGUAGAAGAGCAACAAUGGAAGGGACUGUAAAGUAUCUUGAAUCCGGAAAUAGUAUACAACUAAUUAAAUAAUUAUUUAUGUACAUUUUUGUCAAGUACAUGGUUUAAAUAUCAGAAAAUCGAAAGCUCGUUUAAGAGUCCCCUCGUUGUGUUGCACAGUGUAAAUGGAGAAGCCCAGCAGCAAACACUAAUACAGAAACCAAUCAAAGAGAAAUCCACUAUAGAAAAAAACACGUCCAAGCUAAAGUAAAUGGCCCUAAGAAUACUAAAUUACAUAUAUAAAUAAAUACAUAUAUAUUAUAUAUUACAAAUAUAUUAGAUAUAACCAUCAUUCGUAUUAACAACCACUUGGAGCUUGUAUUUUGAAUUUAACUCUAACAAUAAUAAAAACGUUAACGAUUACGAUAAUAACUGUUAACAUGGACCCCACAUAAAAAGAUAAUGUUAGAAAGUCCUCUGUACAUAUACUAAUAUAUAUAUAUAUAUAUAGGCAUACAUAUAAACUAUCUAUGAUAUGAAAAUACACAUAUUUAAAAGCAUAUGUAGAUCCCCCUCUAACGCUAAGCAAUUGUUGACAAGUGCUUUACGUUGAAACGCCUUCCUAAGUAUUUGUAUUAGCAAUUAGUUAUAUUCAAUUCUUCUGUGGUUUAUUGCUUAUUUCCUUGUAAACUAUAUAUUCGAGAAUUCAUUAAUUUCUUUCAUUGAUCAAGAUUUAAGUAUAGUCUUCGACCCAUUUUUGCAACUAAAGAGUAUAAUAAAUUGACACACGAUUAGUGGAAAAAUGUUGGGUGUUUUUAAUUAGGAGAAUUUAGAAUCUAUAGAUUUAAGAAAAUAUAAAUUUCA